AGGCCUCAAGGAUGGUUGAAACGAAAAACAAAACCAUAUGUACAAAAAAUAAAAACUAAUAAUAAAAAUAAAAAACUAGCCAUCAUCGUUAAACCCUAGUUUUUUUCAACAGGGGUGUGAAACCAGUACAAGCAUUGUUGGUAUCCUUGCAAGAAUCGAGAGCCGCCUCAGAUACCACAUUGAGGAAAUCAUCCAACCCUAACCUACCGAACCUGUGCUCGUCUCUCUCCAGAAGCUUCAACACUUCUCUGAAGAACCCAAAACAAACCCACCAUCGCUCUGAUACCCAAACUCUUCUUUGGCCUAGUCAAGCAGAGACACCAAGUUUUUUGAACGUCGCGUCCCGACUUCUGAAACUUACGUGACCCAAUCUUCUCCAGAUUAUUUUAGCAGGUGGUAACUCAUGGCAUUUUGCCGUAAACGUGAUUUCUUGUUCUGCGACUUGUGUGGAACAAUGUUAUCUUUCACCUCCAUUAAGUAUGCCGAAUGUCCUUUGUGUAAAUUCAGGCGAAGAGCCAAAGAGUUUGCUGGAAGUGAGAUAGUUUACACUGUAUCUGCUGAGGAUAUUAGAAGGGAGCUGGGCAUGCCUUCAUUAAAUGAUAACGAGGAAGAAGAUGAGGAGCCGGCCAAGCGAGAAAUAGACAAUAAUGCAAAAUGUAAGGAGUGCAAUAAGUUGGGGCUCUAUUAUCACACGAAGCAGAUCCGAUCUGCUGAUGAAGGACAGACUAUUUUCUAUGAAUGCAGCCAUUGCGGACAUAGGCGAACUGAGAAUUCUUGAAACUUUCUUUCUAUCUACAUGUCUAAAUUGGAAUUGUAUCACUAAACUACUUUGAUUUUCAGCUUAAUGAAAACUUUUUUUUUUUUUUUUUGUAAUGCACUGCUCUUCAAUGAAUGAGUGCUACUUUUCCAAGUUA